GACUAAAGGCAGAGACAAACUCCUGGAGAAGCGACUGAGAUCUGCUCUCUAUUAUCAUCUACUAUUAUAAAGAUGGCGUCUCUUAAAGAGGAAAGUGGAGAUCUGAGGAUAACAGAAGUGUUCACACUGAAACAUGUAGAUCCUGAGGAGCAAACAGGGCUGAUGGUGCUAAAAGAAGAGGCUCAGGAACUGAAUGAAAUUGAAGAGAAAGAUCAGUAUGGGAAACCCUCAGAUUUAAUGACCAAUGAACCAUCUUCAGUGUCAAAGAACACCUCAUGUGAAAGAGCUGAGAAAACCAAUUCUUUCCCCUGUCAUCAAUGUGGAAAGCAUUUUAGUCGAAAACAAAGCCUUAAAGUUCACAUGAGAGUUCACACUGGAGAGAACCUUUCCACAUGUGAUCAGUGUGGAAAGAGUUUCAAUACAAAAUCAGGUUUUGAUAAGCACAUGAAAACUCACACCGGAGAGAAGCCUUUCUGGUGUACUGAGUGUGGAAAGAGUUUCUGUAAAAAAUACACCCUUGAAAUGCACAUGGCAGUUCACACCGGGGAGAAGCCUUUUGCCUGUCAGUAUUGUGACAAGAAAUUCCGACAAAUGGGUAAUCUUAAAGCUCACUUUCGUGUUCACACUGGAGAGAAGCCGCAUUCCUGCCAACAGUGUGGAAAGAGCUUUACAAAAAAGUCUACCCUUAGGGCUCACAUUAUCAGUCACACUGGUGAGAAACCGUUCACGUGUGAUCAAUGUGGAAAGAGUUAUGUUUGUAAAGAUCACCUUGACCGGCACAUGAGGAUUCAUACAAAAGAUAAAUAUUUCAUAUGCGAGCAGUGUGGGAGCAGUUUUAAAUUGAAAGAAAACUUUGACCAGCACAUGAAGAAUCACGCAGAGAAAUCUUUCAUAUGUCGGCAGUGUGAAAGGAGUUUCAUUUGCGAAGCAACUUUUGAAAAGCAUAUGAGAGUUCACACUGGAGAGAAGCCUUACUCGUGUACAGAGUGUGGAAAGAGUUUCAGUCAAAAGGAAAACCUUACAUCGCACAUGAGAAUUCACACUGGAGAGAAGCCUUUUGCCUGUGAGUAUUGUGAAAAGAGAUUCAGUCAAUUACCAGCCCUUAAAGUCCACAUGAGAGUUCACACUGGAGAGAAACCUUACACUUGCUCACAAUGUGGAAAGGGUUUUGCCCAGAAAAAUGGCCUUAAAAUUCACAUGAGAACUCACACUGGAGAGAGACCUUACACUUGCACGCAGUGUGGUAAAGGCUUUAUAAGUAAAGAGACCCAAAUUCGACACACGAGAACUCAUUACACUGGAAAGAAACCGCUCGCAUGUGAUGAUGUGGAAAGAGAUUUAGAUGUAAAAAUUCCCUCAACCAACACAUGAAGAUUCACACAGAAGAGAUUACAUGUCAUCAGCCUGGAUAGAGUUUCAAUGAAAGGACCCGCAAAUUACACCUUGCCAAGCAAAUCUGUAAGUCUGGCCACGAUAACAAUCCUCAAGAUUUGCCCAAGUGAGCAUUUCAAUUUUUGUCUUGCCGAUUAAUCUAUCGACAAACAUCCAAUGCUGUUGCACCUCUAGUGUUUAAGUUAUGAUUUAUUCCACUGCAAUGCCAGUAAAGACAUGGGCUUUGUUUAAACUUCUAAAUCAGGGAUAGGCAACUUAGGUACUCGAGGGCCAUUGUCUUGCAGAGUUUAGCUCCAAACCUAAUCAAACACACCUGCUUGUAGCUGAUCUUGAAGACUUGUCUUAACUUGUUCAGGUGUGCUUGAUAAGUGAUGAACUCUGCAGGACAGUGGCCCUCCAGGGCUGAAGUUGCCUGCCCUAAGUAGUGCACUAUUUGAAAGAGCAGCCAUUUGUAGAGGUGUCCGAAAUUAUAGUGGACGUUCUGAAUCGCACUCAAUCAAUCCCAUCCACUCCAAUAAGUCUUUGUCACUUGCUCUGUUCUAGUUUUUUUAAGCUACUCUUCUUCUUUUUUAAAUUAG